AUGAAUAGUAUUCUUUGUACUGAAAACAGCGUAACACUAUCCCAGAGGCAAAGGCUUGUCUCGCCAAGAGUCAUCUGCUCUCAGAAGGAAAUAAAAGCUGUGUUCGGGUCAAAGGUCAACAGUAAUAUACGUGUAAGAGACAAGACAGGGGCAACAUUAAUGGUGCCUCAAAUCGAGAGCUCUUGUGGGGUAAAAAUGAGAAGACGGAAUAACCAGAGCCUCUUGUUCUUCAGCACGUAUGACGGCUGCUACGCUGAAGUGAAGGGCAGUAAAGUGGUUGUCCCACUGCAAGUCCAGCUUGCAGGAGAAAAUGGAUGGUUCACUGUUAACAUCAGCUGCCCUAUGACAAUAAGGCCCAGGCAUGGGACGCCACCCUUGCCAACAAAAAUCCACAGAAAAUGUUCCAUCCGCAAAGACCUACGAGUGAAAUGUGGCCAACAGAGAAUGUCUCCAGAUUCCUGCUCCAAUGAGGGAUGCUGCUACGACACCACAGAUUUGUUAUGCUACCACAGAAUCAAUUCAUGCUCUGUGGAUGGACACUUUGUGUUCGCUGUAAAAAUAACUGAGAGGGACCCACUUAUGCACCCGAAAAGCCUCGCAGUCAAAGAUCAUCCACAAUGCGUCCCUGUGAUCACCACCUCAGACACAGCCGUCUUUAAGAUUCCUGUCACGGACUGUGGUGUUAAAACAAAGGUCAAUGGAAAUGUUGUCGUCUAUGAGUUAGAGCUUGAAGAGGUGCCCGAUCCAAGUAAAACAAACCACUCUUCAUUUAGUCUUCAGGUUGAGUGCAAAUAUGAAGCAUCCACAGCAAGGCGUGUAGUAAAUCUGCUGUCCUUCUAUGCGGUGACCAGCCCCCCACCUGUAGUUUCUCUUGGAUACUUCAGAUUGCAGAUGAGAAUAGCCACAGAUGCGUCCUUCACAUGUUUCUUUGCUGAGGACCAACUUCCAGUGACGUUGCCAAUGCGUGAAACUGUGUACGUGGAAAUUUCCAUUGCCCCACCAUCACCAGAUCCUGCGCUUUCUCUUCAUGUAAGGGAUUGCUUCGCCUACCCCACAUCUCGACGCUCUGUGUGGACGCUUCUCUAUGACGGAUGCCCCAACUACCUGGAUGACUCCAGAACCUCGAUUCCUGUGGACAAUCAGGGAAAAACAUAUUCCCAUUCCCAAGUCAGGAGGUUUGAUGUCAAGACCUUUGCCUUCUUGAACGAAGGCCAGCCAAGUGUGGAGGAAAUAUACUUCUACUGCUGGGUGGAAAUCUGCACAGAGGAUGUUGACUGUGCACAACGCUGUGCAAUCAUUUCCUCUCAAGGUGAGAGACCGAGAAGAGAAACUUCACCAGAAGCACUUCCCGCCCAGCUGCUCUCUCUAGGCCCUUUGCUACUGCCUCAGAAUAGCACAAACAUUGAGAAAAAUCCACAGGUUCAACAGCAAACAAUGUAUCAUGUCACAGUAUUUUUCUACGGCAUCGGGGUGACAACAACACUUCUGUUACUGCUGAUGGUGAUAUUGUGUCUGCGCAACAGAAGGUGUCACAAGCCAGAGGCAACACAAGCAUCUGAUGUGCAAAUUGAAGCUGCACGAUCAUAA